GGGCGGCAAACGCGCGGCAGGCACCGCAUUGCGUCGCCGUCGUUGUUGUCAUCGCAAGUGAGGUGGUGCUCACAGCUCAGAACAGAGUUGGUCUCGAAAACUGAAAAAUAGCACUUCGUAUCACUGCCAACCGCCAAAGGUUGCUACACGGAUGAAAGAACCCACGACCACAAUUCUCCCCGGCAUUUCACAUUCUGCGCGCCACUUUUCGGGCCGCCAAAAUCCGUUGAAGAGCUGGUAGAGUAGUGCCCCCACACACCAAACACCUGGACACGCCGUGCUAGUGAUAACUUUUUAAGAAACAACGAAAAAAACGGUGCAAGUGAUAAAAAACCAAACUUAGAUAAAACGCCGGAACAAAACCAAAGAAGCGCCGCGGGUAAUUCAAUUUGAUGGUCUGCAAAACUAUCUCGACGAGUCUGAAAAUGCAGCUGAAGAUGGAACAGCAGACGACGCAGCAGCAGCAACAAUUGCAACAGCAGCAGCAGCAACAGCAGCAACAGCAACUGACCAAGCAGCAGCUCCAACUGCUGGACAAGAUCAAGCUCGAGUCCAGCAACGGAACUGCAGAGCAGUUGUCCCAGCAAACGGCCAGCAAUCUGGAGGAGCAACAGGAGCAGCAACAGCAACAGCAGCAACAGCAGCAGCAGCAGCAACCUGCCACAUCGGUGGGCGUGGUGGUGCAGACCAGCCAGGCGGGCGUCAGCGAACCCGAGGAGCAGUACGUGGUGGUGCCGCGCAUCCAGCGCCGCAUCCUCACCACAGCGGGCACACUUGAACUAAACGAAGCUCGUGAGGGAGAGCCGAGUACGAACGCCAGCAGCGCCAGCUCCGGAUCCGCUCCGGACAGCCACAUCGAGUACCAGCAGCGGAGUGCGCACCACUCGCCGGGAGCCACCCACUACGUGCAGAUGGCGCCGCGCACCGCGGAGGUGGCGGAGCAGGUGGCAACCGCCGCCGGAGGAGCUCCACCUGGCACCAUCUACGCCUAUCCCUCGGGACAGAUCAUCUGCAGUGGCGAGGAUGUGGCCAUCAAGAUCGAGACCAUCGAGAAGGGAGAGGCAUCGGGAGGGGAAUCCCAGCAGCAACAGCAACAGCAACAGCAGCAGCAGCAACUGCAGCAGCAACACCAGCAGCAGCAACAGCAACAGCAGCAAUGUCCCACUCCGAACGGGAAUGGCAGCUAUGGCGAGACCAUUGUGAUCAGCAGCGAGGCGGAUUCACUGCAUCAUCACCAGCAGCAUCAACAACAACACCACCAACAUCAGGCGGUGGCUGCAGCGGCACAAGCGGUCCACAUUGCCACCAGUUCGCAUGGCGGCACCGUGAGAUUCGUGACGGACGAUGGACGCUUCACCACCUCCGCUGGGCCGGAGAGCUCCGCCUCGAAUCUGUACUACGAUGCACCGGUGGUGGAUGGAAGUGUCCAUGCCAAUGAAUCGAAGACGUACGCUGAUUUGGGCAACGCCUACUCCCCCUUCCCGCCCAGCUCCAGUUUCAGCAGCAACAGCUACGCGGCCACCUUGCAGCAGGGCAACACCAUCUACAGUGUGCCGGGCACCGGGCAGUUCCUGGCCAAGACGGAGUCCGGGUUGAACCAGUUGCGUCAGGCGGGACCGGCCACCUUCCAGACGAUCGCCUUCAACGACGGCAACAACGCCAUCGAGGCUCUGUGGACCUCCAAUGCUCCUCCGGAGUACCAGAAUGUUCCCUUCGGCAACUUCCACCCGCAGGUGAUCGACGAGUACCCCAACGGGAACAUGACCACCACCCACUGGUCUCCAGCGGCGAGCAUCGCCCAGUACGACGGCAGUUUGGUGACAGCCUCCUCCACGUCGUCGCCGGGACACGAGCUCAAGUGCGAGAACUGCCACUCCCCGUUGAUGCGGAAGGGGGCGGAGUACUUCUGCACCAACUGCCCACCGUUUAUGCGGAUGGCGCCACGCAUGCCUCCUCGGCAGUCGAAGCCCAAGGCCGCCGCCGCCCCCAACAACCGGCGAAAUGGAGUCACCUGCGCCAACUGCCAGACCAACUCGACAACCCUGUGGCGGCGCAACAACGAGGGCAACCCUGUGUGCAACGCCUGCGGACUCUACUACAAGCUCCACAACAUGAACCGUCCACUUUCGAUGAAGAAGGAGGGCAUCCAGAAGCGAAAGCGCAAGCCCAAGAACAACGGAGGAGCGCCAAUGCACCGAGCUCCGCUGCCAAGCUUGUUCCCAUUUCCACCCGCAGGCAUGUCCCAAGGCGUGAACCUGAUGGCCAACAGUCCGCUGUAUCCCUCGCAAGUGCCGGUGAGCAUGCUGAACAGCCAGCAGAACGCCAGUCCGGAGCUGCACGACAUGUCGACGACGGGACCGGCGGGGGUGCCCCGAGUGGUGGCCAUACCGCUGAGUGCGACGGUGCCGCCCACCUCCGACGGAACGCUCAACAUGUCCGCUCGCCACCACGUGACCAGUGAGAGCCACUCGCCCUACAGUCAGCAGUCCACUCCGCAAAGUCAGUCGCCACAUCUGCCCAGUUCGGUGGCCAUUAACCGCCAGAUAGUUCAACCAGUACCCACGAUCGAAAGCGGUCGCAGUUCGAACAGCGAACUCACACCCAGCGUCAUCACACGCACUGGUCUGCCAGAGCGAUCAUCGAAUAACUAAGCUAAUCCUAACUUAAAUACGAACUAAAGUAAUCUAAACCUAACCUAACCAAAUUGUCAAGAUUGCCAAAAUAUUUAUUUAAGAUUUAGUAGUAUGAUAUAUAGUGCCAAGACCAAAUGUCCCAGUUAGAGGAAGACUUGCAAAGUUUCCGCAUUUCGAGUGACGUCUUCCUCGCUUUUUAGUCAACUGCUUGCCGCAAAUAGUUUGAAAUGAUUUGUGCCAACCACUUAGGAUCACUUUAGAUCACUAGUUUAGCAAAAACUUAAACAAAAAAAAAAAAAGAAAGGAGAAAAAGGAACAGCACAAGCCCAUAAAGAAGUCUACGAUUUUGUAUGUUUAAGCCUCUCUUUUAAUCCAACAAAAUAAAUAAGUUGUAAACGCAA